AUGACUGAUAACGUGGAUUUGAAGGCCAAUUUGUUGUCUUUUCUUCCUAGAAAUCCACGAUACAAAUACUCGUACAAGACUGAGGCUGUAAUAUCCGUUCUAGCAAAAGACCAAAGCGACUCUAUCCUAAUUACUGGUCAUAAGAAUGGUCUCAUAAAAUUCUGGAGGAGGUUGACUUCGAAAGAAAAUGGUCUUGAAUGUAUCAAACAAUUCACUGCCCAUCUGAAUAGAGAGAUAGUGCAACUUCUAGUGAACAAGGAUGGACUGAAAAUGAUAAGCGUAGCAAAAGAUGAUCAUACUAUUAAACAGUUUGAUUUGACUACUUUGGAUAUGAUUCUGGUGAUGAAGCUCGAGUUUCUUCCCAAUACUAUCACAACAUAUUGCAAUACAUGGUUUGAACAAGAUAAUUCAGAGAGCUUAUUGAUCUCAGAACAAGGAUCUAAGAAUGUCUAUGUAGUAAAUGUUGAAGACGAUAAAGUAGAGCAAAUCAAGAGUCCCCACAGAUCGUGUAUAACUGCCAUUAAGUUCAAUGGCAGAUAUACGUGUUUCGUGUCUUCAGAUGAGAAGGGAAUAGUUGAAUACUGGAAACUCGAUGGUAAUAUGCCGAAGGGUCUUACAUUUAAAUACAGAUCGGAGACUAACCUUUUUGACAUUGCAAAGAACAAAUCUAAACCAAUUUGCAUAGCUCUUUCUUCAGAUAGAGAGAGCUUUGCUACAAUCUCACAUCCAGAUAAGCAGAUACGUAUAUUUGACUUUAAAUCAGGAAAGAUAAUUAUGAAGGUUGAUGAAUCAUUGAAGGUCUAUGAGUCAAGGUUAAAUACUCUUAGCAAAGAGAAAUUGUUUGUCAACUUCAAGUUUGCAGACCCACAAGGGUCACGAAAUGUUGUUUUCGACAACAACGACAAGGUUCUUAUUUAUGCAUCAGUACUGGGACUUAAAAUCGUAGAAACUCGCACAGGCAAUGUAUUAUCUGUGCUUGGAGAAGACGAUCAAGAUCUAAUGGAUUUAAAAUAUAACCAAGCUUUAGUCUUCAACAAAGUCAGUGUUGAUACCAUCAGCUCGGAAAUGUUGUCGUCUCUGAAUUCUAUUAUUCAAGCGCAAUUAAAAAGACGACCAUUGUUGAUUGCAACUAGUGAAAAUUCCGAGAGACUUUUUGUAUUUGACAAUACUACUUCAGAACUUGGAGAAAGAGAUGUUGAUGUGACUUCCAAGUCGAAGACGGACAGAACCAGAAAAAUCGAUUUAUUUUCGAAGGUCACAUUACAUACUACUCUAGGCGAUAUUAAGAUCAAAGUAUUUAACAAGUUUGCGCCAAAAGCGGUAAAGAACUUUAUAACUUUAUGCCAAAGAAAAUACUACGACAACAUCAUAUUCCACAGAGUGAUAAAGGGUUUUAUGAUCCAGACAGGUGAUCCUCUAGGUGACGGAACAGGAGGUGAAUCAGCAUGGGGUUCUCAUUUCGAAGACGAAUUCAAUCCAAAUUUAAGUCAUUCAAAGCCCUUCAUGGUAAGUAUGGCGAAUGCUGGUCCAAAUACAAAUGGAUCUCAAUUUUUCAUCACCACAGAAAAGACGCCCUUUCUUGACAAUAAGCAUACGAUAUUCGGCGAAGUUUACGUUGGAUUCGAUGUUGUCAGAAGCAUAGAGGAGAUGGAAACGGAUUCUAAUGAUAAGCCUUUGGAACAGGUUGCUAUUCUUUCUACCACUCUUGAAAAGUAG